GUUCGAUGGGGGAAACAGUGCAAGCAGACGCCGUUUCAACAUCCUUCAGCUUUUGUGCACGGCGUCUCAGGAGAAACGGGAAAGAACGGGUUGCCUACAAAUACGUUUGAAAUACGGGAAUCAACGUCUUACAGAAGGUUUGCUUCUCGCCAGGGUGUGGGGGUUCAGAAUGCUGACUGAGGAUGGACGCCCCUGAGUACCUGGACCUGGACGAGAUCGACUUCACCGACGACUUAGUGUACUCUGUGACCUCUCUGAAGAGCAUUCCUGAGCUUUGUCGCAGAAAUGAGUCUCAAAGUGAGGAAAGACAAGCCCCAGCGAUAAAUUGGAGCCGCGGCGUGUCGUCUCAUGGCGGCAACGGGAUCAAACCCGCCGGCAUCGCCGACGUACACAGCAAGUUCCGCCCGGUUAAACGGGUGUCCCCCCUGAAACACCAGCCCGAGGUGCCGGACAGCGGCACUGACGCCAAGAGCCCGUCCCAUAAUGGCGACGGGAGCAAAGAGGAGGCCUCGGACAAGCCUCGGGCGAGCCAGCCGUCCGCCGAGGGGCAGAGCUUCAAGGGCAAGAGCCCGGGAGGCGGGGCGCUCUUCGGGGAGCUGGAGCACUACGACCUGGACAUGGACGAGAUCCUGGACGUGCCCUACAUCAAAUCCAGCCAGCAGAUGUCCACCCUGCCCCGGUCGGCCCCGGAGAAACGCAGCGCGUCCGGCUCCCUCGGGGGCAAGCCCUCCGCCCUCCCCCACGGGGAGAGCCUGGGCGGGGUGAUGCCCUACUGCGCGCUGUCCCCGGUCAAGUGGCCCGACAUCCGGAAGUCCAAGUCCAUGGACCCGGACUUCCUCCGUCAGCCGGUCCUGGGCCACGACCUCUCCCAGGCCCCGCGCGGCUGCCCGCCGUCCGCCGAGGUGGAAACUCCCUCCAGGACGUUCCCGGAGUCCCGGGGCCACAAGGCCGGAGGGGAGGUGUCCGGGAGCCAGUCCGUGAACUUCCCCCUGCAGGGCUGCUCCGGGGGCAAGGCGGAGGGCGGCCGGGCCUGGGGAGGCCCCAGGGGGUACGGGGAGGUGGACGAGGAGGCCAAGAAGGUCCAGAACAUCAUCAACACCAUCCGGGAAGGACAGAUCUCGCUUCUGCCCCACCUGGCAGCGGACAACCUGGAGCUGAUCAGAGACGAGGACGGGAACAACCUCCUGCACGUCUCGGCCUCGCAGGGGCACGCCGACUGCCUUCAGCACCUCACCUCGCUCAUGGGGGAGGACUGCCUGAACGAGCGCAACAGCCAGCAGCUCACCCCCGCCGGCCUGGGCAUUAAGAAUGGACACCUGGAGUGUGUGCGCUGGAUGGUGAGUGAGACUGAAGCCAUCGCAGAGCUGAGCUGCACCCGGGAGCACCCCAGCCUGAUCCACUACUCCGCACGAUAUGGCCAGGAGAAGAUCCUGCUAUGGCUGCUGCAGUUCAUGCAGGAGCAGGCCAUCUCCCUGGACGAGCUGGACCAGGGCGGAAACAGCGCCGUGCACAUAGCCGCUCAGCACGGACACCUGGGCUGCAUCCAGACCCUUGUGGAGUACGGCUCCAAUGUCACCAUCCAGAACCAGCACGGGGAGCGGCCUUCCCAGAGUGCCGAGCGGCACGGCCAUACCACCUGCUCGCGCUACCUGGUGGUGGUGGAGACCUGCAUGUCCCUGGCGUCCCAGGUGGUGAAGCUCACCAAGCAGCUCAAUGAGCAAGCCGCAGCGAAGAUGACUCUGCAGAACCAGGUCCAGCAGCUGCUCCUGGACUCGCCUCACGUGGACGGAUCGUCCUCCCCGCCCCCCAGCGGCCUCCCCGCCCACAUGGAGGCAUGGCCUGAAAUGACCCUGACGGCAGAGGUGGGGCCAGGGGACGGCCACUGGGUCCUGAGGCAGCGGGACGUCGACUCGGACACGGUGCUCCGGCAGCUGCUGGGCAAGGAGAUCUCGGAGAAGGUGUGCACCAAGGAGCGGCUGUCCCUGGAGUUCCGGCAGGGCGGGCCCGCGGCCGACCUGGGGGCCCUGCGGCGCAUGGGCGUGGUGGAGCGCCGCGAGCUGAAGCUGGCCCGGCUGAAGCAGAUCAUGCAGCGCUCGCUCAGCGAGUCGGACACGGACUCCUACCCGCCCGAGGAGAGGCACGCCCAGGGCCCCCCGCCCGGCCCCGCUCCCGCCCGGCCUGAGAGACCCCGGCAACUGGCCGUCGGCGAGUGCGAAGACCCCGCCCUGGUGAUGAAGAGGCAAGCCUCGACGGCCGAGCGGAAGUUCGCCUUCGCCCACGGCGCCUCCAAAUCCGCCGACGGCUACAACCCUUCGCCCACCUCCGACUGCAGCGACCCGGACCACGAGGCCAAGGCGGACACCCCGGGGGACGGGCCGGACGGCUCCCAGAAGGCCGCCACCACCAGCCCCAAAAGCGCCCUCAAGUCGCCCUCUUCCAGGAGGAAGACCUCCCAGAGCCUGAAGCUCAGGGUGACGUUCGACGAGCCUGUCGUCCACAAAGACGCCCCGGAGGCCGAGGCCAAGGGCGCCCAGGCCAAGGAGGGCGAGAAGGGGCCCGGGAGGACUUCGGCGGGGCCCGAGCCGGGGGAGACGUGGAAGCGGCCGUUCGGGACCUUCCGCUCCAUCAUGGAGUCCCUGAGCGGGAACCAGAACAGCAACAAUAACAAUCCCCACGGCUCGCCCGUCGGCAAGUGUCCCAAUCCCGGAGCGUCGGUGAGCUCGCCCGGAAGAAAGGCGUCGGAAGCGAAGGCCGGUCAGACCGGCGUCACCAGGUCCAAGAGCAAGACCAGCAUCGUGUAGGAAGUGGCCUGUGUUAGACACGCCGGGCGAGUGACGUGGAUCAAGUUUUCUGUGCUUGCCCAAGAUUCCCGUUUCCAUUCCACACCACUGUUGUACUAAUGUGGGGAUUUUUUGUAUUGAACAACUUGUGGAUGAUUUCCACUUAUCAUUUUACUUUCUUUUUUUCCAGUUAUUAAUUCAGAAUAUUGUAAUUGUAAAGGGUAAGAAACAUAACAGUGGAAUGCACAGGGGAUGUAAUUUUCUUUUGCGUAAAUUGGAUUUUACUAGUAAGGAGCACUUGAUGUACACUUGCACAAAUGUAUUGGAGCCACUGUAUAUAGUACUCUUUUACACUUAAUCCACCUUGCAUUUUCUACUGUUAGUUUUUCAUUCAAAGUGUUGAUUAUUGCCAUGUUAUCAGUUACUGUAUCUGUGACCUAUGCAUAUUCCUAUGAUUUCAUUUCGAUUGUUAUGUUAUAUUGUAUUGACUUUUUUGACACCCCAUUGAGUUUGUGUAACCUUGUGGUAUGCAGUAUGAAAAAUGAUUUGUGGAAAGAGAAUGUUUUUCCAGUUUUUUGCAGUGUUUUUGCAAUGUUAUUGACACUGAAUUCCUGAAGAGCAGGACACAGGCUAUGUGAUCAUAACAUAUUUUUUAAAUUAUUGUAGUAAUUAUGUCUGAAGACCACUUAAGAGUUGCGAGCUACGGCGUGCCGUGUGUGAAACCUCAAUAUUGCACUCUGCAAUAUGUAAAACUGCAAAAAUAUGCAAAGUUAACAAUGCUGCAAUACGAUUGGUUCACUGUGGUCAUUUUUAAUCUCUUUUACAAAACUGAACGACAUUGUGUUAUUGUUUAUAACAUAAGUGUUGUCUCCUAUCCAGUAUAAAUAAAUAAAUUCAAUGCAGUGCAUACAGAUAUGUUGUGGUUGCCCCACCCAACCCCCUUCCCCUCCAAUUAUUGAAGCCGUUGUCAUAGGUUCACACAGCUGAUUGAAAGGACAUGCAUUUGCAUGUUCAGGUGCCACUGGUUUUUAGAUCAAUUUCUUUGGCAUUGAUGCCAAAGAUUGAUGUACUCAAUUAAUGGACAUGUAGACAUACCACACACAAAGCGCUGCAGUCAGUCCCUGGUGCAUGUCUCUAUGCUGGGAUUGUGUAUUUUAGCCAAUGGAGUAUUCUUGUGAAAUCUGUACUCAAAAGAGGUUCCAACAGAUUUUAAUAAAUGUAGCCUGCAGGUAUACAUCACAUCUAUUUACAGUACAGUAUAAGGUUCAUCAUACCACUCCAUAUCUUGACAGUCUGGGGAAGAAAUUAUAUUUUAUUGUACUGUAUCAUUGUUUGCAGGGGGCAUGUCUAACCACUUUGGUUCUUCUACUCUACAUUAGUGUAGGCUCUGGAGGAGUCAAAACAUUUGCAACUCUGAAAACAAUGGAAAUUGUUAGUUAAAUUAAAAACAAUAAUGGUGACAAAUGAACCUAUGAUUUUACAAGUGUAUGAUGCUUUGUCACAAUGACAGAAAUUGAAAAAUGCAGAACUAAAUAAAAAUGAUUUAUCCA